AUGGAGCACCCUUUGCCACUCAACAUGUUGGACGACAUUGACGCGUUUCUGGAGCUGGAGGCGCCUUACGGAUACGACGAGACUGAGCAAUACCUCGACACUGCGAGCUCAUCCCAGACCCCAAGCCCCAUCAUGUCAACCUUUGAUAUGGGGUUCGUCGGCGACUUCAAUGGCACAGAACACAACAUCUACCCUAGUCCCAUGAGCUCGACGCGCGAUACUGCAUCACCGCAACCCUCCUCAGACCAAAAGCCCGCUGUCACGGCAGCCAAGCCCCCAGCGAAGAGGAAGCGUGAGAACAGAUACAAGAAUGCCCCUCCUUCAGUCCUUUCGCGCCGCCGUGCACAAAACAGAGCCUCCCAACGGGCAUACCGCGAGCGGAAGGACCAGCGCAUCAAGGAUCUCGAAGUCAUGCUCUCCGAGCAGAAGAACAAGAACGACUCCCUCAGCCAAGCAUACUCGGCCCUCCACGCCGAGUACCUCAAGCUCCGAGGAUCGCAGGCCAGGGCGCAACACCAGCAGCAGAUGCCGCGACACCACCACCACCCGGCUACCGCUCCGCCGCCGCCGCCAUUGGCUUUCGACCCUUCCGCUCACAUGGGCAUGCCGACCGCCCAUCCCGGGGCGAUGGAUUACGCCGACAACAUGUACAUGUUUCAGGACAUGCAGACUUACACCCUAUGA